AUGGACAAGAGGCUAUUCUCCAAACAGGCUAUUCAUUUCCUGACUAUCGUCUUUAUCAAUUUUGAUCACGGAAUCAUUCCAGCUUGCACAUAAAGAAUUGAAUCAGAUUUCGGAAUUAAUGAAUUUGAAGUAGCAUAUAUAAUUAUUAUGAUUAAAAUAGUUGGGUUUAUUGAGUUCAUCUGUUUUUGCUGGAAUUAUUAUAGGAUCGACGAUAGGAGCAGGAAUCUAUGAUAAAUUUAAGACUAAAUCGAUUCUUAUAACUUGCUCAUUAUUUUACAUACUGAGUAUAUCAGUAUUUCUCAUUACAAAGAAUAUUAUGUUAUUACAUUUUUCCAGAUUCUUGACAGGGUUGUUUUAAGUAUGCUUCAUCAAUUUAAUUGGUAUUUUUAGUUAUUUAUUUUCCUGUUUGGAUUGAUUUCUACGGGGGUAAAUAAAAAAAUGAGCAAUUGAC